AGCAGCGACAGAGAGCGAAACAGAAGGAGUGAAGCUAACUAUACGAGAUUAUAUUCUCCGGUUCAUCUGACCCCAGUCACUCACAGCUUUUACAGAAUGAUGCUGCAGCACUCGGGUCCCUCGCUGGCCGAUAUCAGCUGCUCCGCCCUGGUGCCCUGCCUCUCCCCGCCGGGCACACUCACCCUGGACGACUUCACCAAUUUCACACCCAUCGUGAAAGAGGAGCUGCGUCUGGCCAUCCAGACCAAGCGGCUCUCAAACGGGCUCAGCGUUGACAUGAGCUCCGAUGGCGCCAGCUCCAGCUCGGACCGAGCCUCAGAGCACCAGGCAAGUGGAUCUGGAGUCAAGAGAGAGUUAACACCUCAGGAGCACGAGAGGAGGAAGAGGAGGAGAGAGAGGAACAAAAUUGCUGCUGCCAAGUGCCGCAACAAAAAGAAGGAGAAGACAGAGUCUCUGCAGCAGGAGUCAGAGAAACUAGAGAGUGUCAACGCUGACCUGAAGGCUCAGAUCGAGGAGCUGAAACAGCAGAAGCAGCAGCUGGUCUACAUGCUCAACCUGCACCGGCCGACUUGCAUCGUCCGAGCCCAGAACGGCCAAACCCCUGAGGAUGAGAGGAACCUCUUCAUCCAACACAUCAAGGAGAGCACCUUACAACUCCACAACCUCACCUCCUCCACCUCAGCCACCUCCACUUCCUUGUCCACAUCCAUCUCCACAAUAGCACCUCUAGAAGGCGGACUUUUGACCCUUGAUCACAUUCACUGUCCCAGUCACCUCUGAGCGACCAUGUGUUUAUGCCACUUUUCUAAGACUUGCAAUGCUUCCAUCCUGCUGCCAUCGAUGUAGCACAGACUGUUCGAGAGGCAGGUGGAGCUGCCACAUAGACUUACGACCUGAGAAUGACAGUGACAUAUAAUAAACACCAUUCGGAUGUCUCAUGCACCGUCUAUAAAGCUGCUAUAGAGAGAGAGAGAGUGGCAUAAAGUGACCUCAGCACCUCCCACUCCCUGAAACCGUAGCUGCUGAUUGGACAGGAAGUGACACACAAUGGACAGCACCUUGCCAUGCAUUAUGUAUUUCACUUUAUUUUUUAAACAUUACAACCAGUCAGGGCCAAGGACAGAUGCCAAAGCACUAAAAAACAAAACAAAAACUUUUUUUUUUUUUAAAUUUACUGGUAUUGCGAAUAGGUGAAAGUCUCAUUUAGUGUCCGAUUUUUGUACCAAAGUGUGUAUUCAGGGUAAUUGAGGCACAUAUUUUAACUGUUUGCCCACAGAGAAAGAAGACGCAGAUCAACUGUGUGAGUGUGUUUGAGCUGCAAGCCACAGGCUUUGAAAAAGACAUUAUUUGUGCUUAUUGUAUGAAAAAUGGUAUAUUUAUUUAGUAACUACUGUAUUACAUGCCAUUGUCGUUUCAACCCUGUCUGCUUAUCCUUUACAUAACAUGAACUACUAAAUUUGCUGCUACUACUAACCACUCAGGACCUAUGUUGGCUGUAGAAGGGUUUUUUUUGGCUUAAUUUUAAAAAAAAGUCAGGUUGUUUGCUAUCAGGGUAGCAGUAGCAGUUACAAAAGGGAAAUGUAUUUUGCAGGCAGGGUUAUAAUUCUGCACUUAAUGGAAACGUGUAGUAAAAAAUUACAUUAUCAUCAUAUAUGCAGACGAUACUUUACUUUUCUCAACAGUUUGAAUUACGCUGACGAGCAAAAUUGUCCCCAAAAAUGAUAAUACUGUAUAAUUUCACAAGUACACUUUAUUUAUCACUGCGUUCCCUCUUAAAGUAAACAAAUCUAGUGUUGCUUUUUACAUCUUCUGUGACGAUAAAGCUUCGCAAGUACGAUUGUUAUUUUUCAGUCAUGUUUUCUACCUGAAAUCUUGUAUAUUGUAUCGACUGCGUAUUAACUCUGUGCUACUGUAUGUCAACACCGGAUGCCUCCUUUGGUCUUGACAGUGCAAAACAAAACAAAAAAGAUUGUUAUUUUCUAAAAAUGUAUUUUUUAUUAAUAAGAUUUGGUUUGGAAGUUGUGUUCACUAGAUAUCAUUAGCUAGGUAUCAGAAGUGUUGCAUCAGCUUUCGGCUGGUCCUUUAACGCGCCUGACUCUGAAGUUAUGCAAGAUGAUGUGAUAUUAUACUGUGUGUUAUGAACUUGAUCAGUAUCCAGGCUUCAACUCACUGCCAAAUAUUUCCCUCUCUGUGGCCCAUUGGCUUUAGAGUGAAAUUAUCCCUCAAGAGAAAUGUGGUUUAUUGCACAAACAGAAACUGAGGGAGUGUAAUGAAUGAGAGUUAAGGGGCUAUUUUCUUGUCAAUUACUAAUCAUAGCAUCAAUCUGCAGUGCCCAUCAAUAGCCAAACAUCUGCGAGCAAGACACUGAAAACCUCUUCUCCCUCAGUCAUUGGAGUUCACCUUACAGCUAACACGUCAAAAGGCAACUCUGCUUAUCAGUAUUUGAAUACUUCUCAGUAAGUAAACAUUUAACAUCAUUGUAGCAAAAAAAGAGUUUAAGAUCACUUUAAAAGUUUUGUCGCUACUGGGAUAUAUUUUCAGUUCAUAACAGAAGAGUAAUAAUCUAUGUAUGAACAGCACAUUACUGUCAUGGUGAGGACUGAAGUUUUACAUUUAUGUUUGCAUGGUAGAAAGUUUAUAUUGUUAGUAUUGUGUGUGUUAACUUAAGAGUCACACAGUUAAAGGGACGCAGGCGUUCAUAGUGUGUAUGUUGUUUUUGUGGUUGUUCAUUGUCCUGUCGCUAGUCAUGGCUAGAUAGCUAAUAAGCACUGAGUUCCAUGUGUAUGUAUUCUAUUGUGCCUACUUCUACUGGAGGCCCUGUUUUUCUCUGUAGCUGCUCGACUGUCGGAGCAUUAUAGCCUAAAAGAAUAAACUGUAGGCUGUCAGGUACAACUGCACUGCUACUACCAAUGUGUACUUCCAUCUUUGUGAUCUGUCAACUUUUGUUUUUGAUACUUUGUUAAUUAAAAAUAAGUAUUGCAAAUGUAA